GUUUUGUUGUUGGUUUUGGUCUUGGAGGUGGAUCUGUAUUUGCUUCAUGGGUUUUAGAAUUUGUUCCUGCUUCAAAUAGAGGCACAUGGAGGGUAGUGUUUUCAACUUUCUGGACAUUUGGAACAAUUUUUGAGGCCUCCCUUGCAUGGAUUGUCAUGCCAAGAUUGAACUGGAGGUGGCUACUGGCAUUAUCCUCUGUACCAUCAUUUGCUCAGGUUCUCCUUUAUGGUCUUGUACCUGAGUCUCUGAGGUAUCUAUGUAUGAAAGGUCACACAAGUGAUGCACAUAAAACUCUGGAGAAGAUAGCUGUUAUGAACCAAAGAAAGCUUCCACGUGGCAUGCUUGUUUCUCAUAGCACAAGUGGCCAAGAGAAAGAGUUUGCUCCAUCUAAACUUAGUUCCCUACUCUCCCCAAAAAGGAAAACAUUCAUGGGAUCUAAUUCAUUCUUCUCAACCUUUUACAUCCUUUUCUCAUUGAGUAGCGGACAGAGUGGGUGUAGUUCAACCAAUCUGAGUUCCAAAAACUUCCAGGAUACCAGCCUCUAUGGAGAGACGUUUAUCACUAGCUGGGCAGAGCAUCCCGGGCUACUUUUGUCAGCAAUACUAGUGGAUAGAAUAGGCCGAAAGCUUUCGAUGAUGUUUAUGUUCAUCAUGGUUUGUAUUUACCUUUUACCAUUGUUGACCCAUCAGUCUGCUAUUUUGACAACUGGGUUAUUAUUUGGAGCUCGCAUGUUUGCAAUAGGAACUUUCACAGUUGCAAGUAUAUAUUGCCCCGAGUUAUAUCCAACCAAUGUGCAGGCAGCGGCAGCUGGCACAGCAAGGGCAAUUGGAAGACUUGGUGGCAUUGUAGCUCCUCUCGUGGCAGUUGGGUUGGUGACUGGUUGCCAUCAGACCACAGCCAUUAUCGUAUUUGUGGUUGUAAUGGUUGUUUCAGCAAUUAGCUCAAUGCUGUUCCCAUAUGAAACCAAUGGACGGGAACUGAGCGACACCGCAGAUAUCUCUACCUCAAAAGAAGCAAUUGUUGAGCAAUAAGAUUGCGUUUCCCAUCACUAUUUUAAGAGGAAAUGGCAUUGUGAUGAAGAUAUUUGUAUACAUCACUUGGCUACUUUCAAUUGAUAAGCUUUCAUUCUCUUUUGAAUCCAUUUUUUUCUUUUAUUUAGGACCUGCAUGUACAGACAAAAUGCAAAAAACAUGAAAAAGGCAA